AUGGCCAGGCCAUCAGUUCUAACUUCUCAUGUUGACCACGAUCAAGCCCUGUUCACGACCAUCAUGCCACCCAAAGCCACGCAAGCACCCAAGAAACCGAGACGUAAACAACCACAAAACUCGAGGCAAGUGCGGAGGCCUGCCAGAGGUAGCAAUGAGAAUCCGUGUUUAAAUAAUGAUGAAAGUCAGGUUGGACGCCCUAGUGAACAAACCAACGAUCCAACACUUGUGGACGACAGAUUAUUGUCGACUAUGUAUGAGGAGGAGAUGUACUUGUCUGAUGAAGAUGGUCCAGAGGUAGAGCGCUCGCCAUCGCCACACGAUCAGCCCCCUCCUUUCGCGCAGCCUACCCACCAGCAGCACCUGCCUGAGCACAGCUCAGCCUACAGGCAGCCUCUGAACCACUCCUACCAGCAGCUGCCAGUCGGGCAGACUCAUACCCACUAUUCAACGCCCAGCCAGUCAUCGAAUCCUCUCUUCCAGCAUCGACAACCAUAUCAACAACUCCCAGCGCACCAGCCGCAAGGUGGUAAUAUGUAUCGAUGUUUAAUCGACGCGCCACCUCCUCCCACUGUGCGUGGUGCAGAGCGUCUCAGUAGCCGCCUGUGUGAUGAUCAGCAGCCCAUGGAGUACCAGCAGCCGCCAGUCAGACAGGCUCAUCCCCACUAUUCAAUGCUCGGGCAGUCAUCAAACCCUCACCUCCAGCAUCAACAACCAUACCAACAACUCCCAGUGCACCAACCGCAAGGUGGUCACAUGUUUCAAUGUUCAAUUGACGCGCCACCUCCUCCCACUGUGCGUGGUGCAGAGCGUCUCAGUGGCCGCCUGCGUGAUGAGCAGACACGACCUAUGCGCACGUCACCGUAUCCCCUCCCAGGAUUACGCAAAGUGUCAGUUUUUGGCCCCCGCCAUAUUGACGAAGGUUACCGUGGCCAGUGGCAGAACACUGGCGUUAUCUAUGCUGGAGCAGAUAAGAACGUUGCACCGAAACGCCCAACUGCCAGAGAUCUUCCGCCCAUACCGUUGCCUCCAUUGGAUAUCACCGUCCCUGGUCCACAGCAGCCCACCCCAGCUCACCCUCAUAAUGACAGCGGUUCUUCCGGUCCACAGCAGCCCACCCUACCACACUCCCACCCAAUCCAGUCUAGCAAUGCAACACACUCUCAUAACGAUACCGGAUCUUUGGACGCUGUUCCCCCCCAGCAGCAAGAGCCUAUGCCCGUGCCUGCCGACCUGGUCAAUGAGAUCAGCAAUAGCGCGAGGUCAAAAAUGCGACGUUCAGUACUUUCAGACAAUGGCAUGCCCACGAACGAGGAGAAUAUUGCAAUGGCGCGCGCUGCACUAUCAAACGCUAUUGCAACUCACGCAACUAUUCCCCCUGGCCGAUACUACCUCCCAGACGAGGAUAAAUUCAUUACCUCGCUCACCAAAAUCACGAACACCCUGCGAAAUGUAUUCAAAAAUACUGCACGCACUGUCGUACUGUCUGCCUAUGACCUCGAGCUUGACAUAUGGGAUACAUCUUGCGAAAUCACACACAAGCGAAACAUCGUGCCUAUGCUCACCACACAUUUACAGUGUUUAUUCAAAAUGCAAGAAAUGACGAUUGGUGGUGUUUUGAAAAAUGUUCCAGUGCUCGAACACACUGGACUCAUCCGCGUUGUCAUGGAUAUUCUUUGGGUCAAUGGCUUUUACAAAGACCUUGAUCUCCAAGAUCUUCAAUCUCUUGAUGGCGCCAUUGCCCUCGCAGGUGCCGCAAUUUGUUCGGCCAUUCAAGAAUAUGAGAUGGGGGUUUGGAAACGCAUUGAUUUUUCUACAGCGAAGUCAAAGUCGACAUAUACAUCUAUUAAGACGUAUAUGACAGAGACAAUUUACACAUGCGUUGAGCUUACAGAGCGUUUCCACUGGAUCAAGGUGAAUAUGAAAAACCGUGGAGUAUCGAGGACGGGCAUUGUACUGUAG